AUGGCCCGCGGCGUCGCCCCGGAGGAACGGACGGUGCUGCGGCGGGUCUUGCUCCGGACUCCCCAGGGCGGAGGGCGGGAGCCCGAGGGCCCCCCGAGCGCCCCGCGGGGGCGCGCGGCGGACAUGCCCGGGGUGCCCGAGGGGCUCUGGCAGCGGUUCCUGAGCGCCACCUGCUGCGCGAGAGCCAGCAACAGGCCCCGCGUCGGCAGGAAGGGCGCUUUCGGGCUGUUCAGCCAAGGCGACGACCCGAUCUCCCCCGGCCUCCUGGUCGAGGUGGUCCUGGCCAGGCACGUCCCCGACCUGGACGCGCCCCAGUCGGGAGAGGUGGACACCACCAGGUUAGCCCGCAAGUCCGUGGUGGGCGAGCUCAAGAGGCCGUGGCUCGUGGACCGCGACCGCCGCAGCGACGUCUACGUCAGCGUGGCGGUGCUCCGGGCGGCGGACGCCACCGUGCUCGCCGGCGUGCAGGAGGUGGCGUCCUUCACCUCCUCGGCGGAGGAGAUGGUGGCGAGCUGCAACGGCUCGCUCGGCACAGUUUCGGAGGUCGAGAACACGCCGAUGAUCUGGAACAGCCAGAACCCGGUGUUCCACUCGUGGCUGCAUUUCCCGGGCGUGGACGCCAGCAGCGAGCUGCUCCUCCUGGACUGCCGCCUGAUGGACUACGACGAGUACACGCGGAGUGACCCGAUCGGGCAAGCCAUGGUGGCCGUCUCCGACCUCAGGGAGAGCGAGGACACGGUGUGCAGGGUGACCCUGGUCCCAGGCGUCGCCCCCCUGCUUGGCAACGCCAGCCACGGCCCGCUCGCCCGGAAUGACGGCGAGGGCUUGGAGCCGGUGCCUUGCGAGCUGGUCCUGCGGUGCCUCCGCGCCUGGCCGGAGCGCAAGCGCGUGUACCUGCUGCGGCACGGGCAGUCGGGCUGGAACAAGGCGCAACACGAGAUGGACAUAUCGGGCCUUGCGGGUUUCGACCACCCCUUGAGUAAGGAGGGCAUCGCCCAGUCGCGCGCCUUCAACGAGGCGUGGAGCAAGCCGACCGAGGCGUGGAGCAAGCCGACCGAGGACGGCUCCGACGCGGCGCGUUGGCAGCAGGACUUCCGGCAGGUGACAUCGGUGUUCUCCUCGCCGCUGACGCGCGCGGUCCAGACGUGCCUCCUCGCCCUCCGGGGGCACCCAGCGCUGGGCGCUGGGCCCGUGCGAUUGCUGGAGUGCGCGCGCGAGGUGAACUCGGUCGGGGGUGUGGACAGCGUGGGCAUGGCGGUGGGGCAGGCCAUCGAGGCGCGGGUGCGCAAGGAGCUCGCCGACGCCAUCGGCGAGGCGGAGACGGCGCAGACGAUGUCCCCCAUCUGCCCGUACUCGUGCAGCACCGGCGAGUGGUGGUCGCGGGCCGGCACCUCGGAGAGCAAGCAGGAGAUCCGGACCCGCAUCACGCACUUGCUCAGCGCCCUGGUCGCAGCGCCAGGGGACGCCUGCGCCCUCGUGGGCCACUCGCUGCUGUUCUGCGAGCUCUUUCGGGAGCGCUGCUCGGCCGACCUGGCGAGCCGGCGGCCCGAGGCGGUGGAGCGGCUCUCGGGCGCCAAGCUGGGCAACGCCGCCUGCUGCCGCGCCGAGGUGGCCCUGAACCCCGACACGGGCGCGUUCGAGAUCGUCGACGUCAGCCUGAUGUUUGGCUCCUGCUUCGAGGACGGCCUCGGCCUGGGGGAGGAGGAGGCGCCGGCGCCACCGGAGAGCGGGUCGGGGUCGGCGCCCGACGUGCCUGGCAAAGGCGGCCAUUGCAAGAAGGGGUUGGCCGAGGUCGCCCGGGAGGCCGCCGAGGUUCGCGGCCGAAGGUCGUCGUACCUGGAGGAGGCCGAGGAUGGGAUGCAGAGGCUGUGA